AUGGGAGAGAGCAUGUCCAAGCGACUGAAGCUGCAGCUGGGGGGCGAGGCGGAGAUGGAGGAGCGGGCGUUCAGCAACCCCUAUCCGGACUACCAGCUCCACGGAGCCGCCGCCGCCGCCUCCUCGAGCCCAAGCGAGGCCGCGGAGACCCAGCGGGACCCGGCGCCCUCCCCAGUCGGGGAAGAGCCUGAGUCCCUCCCCUUCGGCCCGGACGGGAAGAUCAGUUCUCAGUUCACAAGACGGAUCCAGAGUAAAAUCAGAGACCUGCUGCAGCAAAUGGAAGAGGGGCUAAAGACAGCAGAUCCACAUGACUGCUCUGCAUAUACUGGCUGGACAGGCAUAGCCCUUUUAUACCUACAACUAUACCGCGUCACAAAAGACCAGAAGUACUUGCAGCGAUCCCUGGAUUAUGUGAAGAGAAUACUUCGUAAUCUGAAUGGACGAAGGGUUACUUUUCUCUGUGGUGAUGCUGGACCCCUGGCAGUAGGGGCAGUAGUGUACCACAAACUAAAGAUUGACAGUGAGUCUAAGGAGUGCAUCACAAAGCUUUUGCAGCUCCAGAGAACGAUCAUAAGCACAGACUCUGAACUUCCAGAUGAGCUUCUUUAUGGCAGAGCAGGUUACCUCUAUGCUUUGCUCUAUUUGAAUACAGAAAUUGGUCCAGACACUGUACCUCAGUCUGUUAUCAAAGAGGUGGUAGAUGCCAUUAUUGAAUCGGGUAAAAACUUCUCAAAGGAGGAACGCAAGACUGAACGCUGCCCUCUGUUGUACCAAUGGCACAGGAAGCAGUACAUUGGAGCAGCCCAUGGCGUGGCUGGGAUCUAUUACAUGCUAAUGCAGCCAGUUUCAAAUGUGGAUCAGGAGACCCUGACGGAGCUGGUGAAACCGAGCAUUGACUAUGUACGUCAUAAAAAAUUCAGAUCUGGGAACUAUCCAUCAUCAUUAAGCAAUGAAACGGAUAGACUAGUCCACUGGUGCCAUGGUGCACCGGGAGUCAUCCACAUGCUAAUGCAAGCUUAUAAGAGCUUUAAAGAGGAUAAAUAUUUGAAGGAUGCCAUGGACUGCAGUGAUGUCAUCUGGCAGAGAGGUUUGCUGAGGAAAGGGUAUGGAAUCUGCCAUGGGACCGCUGGCAAUGGCUACUCCUUCUUAUCUCUCUAUCACCUAACUGAGGACAAAAAGUAUCUCUACCGGGCUUGCAAGUUUGCAGAGUGGUGUUUAGAGUAUGGUGCACAUGGAUGUCGUAUUCCUGACCGACCCUACUCUCUAUUUGAAGGCAUGGCGGGAGCUAUUCAUUUCCUAUCGGACAUAUUGGUACCAGAGACUUCCCAGUUUCCAGCAUUUGAACUUGGACCUCAAAGGAGAGAAAACAAAGUGGAACAGGACAGCUAA